AUGGGAUUGCUAAAUAUCGGAAGCGAUAAUCCUACCCUUCGACUAAAUGCAUAUAAUCUACUCUAUUCAUUAUGCGUAUCAUUCAGAUUUGGUAUUAGCCACCAAUUGAUAAAUGCCAGAGCUAUAGAUUUAUGUAUUCCUCACAACAGUGUCAACUUUAUUGUUAGCACGAGUGAGCAUCUAGCUAAUAGCGAAACUCAUUUGACAUUAGAGUUUUUGAAUGAAUGUAUAGUUGGGUUUAACAGAUCAAGCACAGAGACAUCUCGACAAAUGAUUACGUUGGAAUACAUGGUACCGUGGUUGAAGAAUCUUGUCUUCUUUACCUACUCUCUUAACGGAAAAGAUGCAUCAAAGGUAAAAGAUGUCAUUCGAUCUUUGAUUACUAUCACAGCUGAAAAAUCCGAGGUGUAUGAGCAUAUUCAAAAAAAUAUCUGGAAUACUUUAAAGGAUAUCGAUGAACUUCAUAAUUUAGUGAUUGAUUCACUUAUUCAGUUCUCAGUCGAAAGUGGUAUUAGGUCAUCGCAAGCGGAAGCUAUUGCUGAUACGCUUGUUAUAAUGAAUUGUAAUGCUAUCCGAGGAAAACAAACCCUAAUCAAGCAUCAAUCGUGGCAUGAAAUUGGUUGUUUGGUGCGCUUCAUGCUCACCAUAUCAUUUUAUACUGAAGACAUUGAAACACCUUAUGUCGCAGAAAUACUCCACAUUAUAUCGCUGGUAGUCUCAACCGGACCAACCUUUAUUCGAUCAUCUGUACAUGAACUUGUUGUGAACUUUAUUCACGCACUUGUAACAAACAAAAAUAUCCGCCCGGAAAACCGAAAGAAGCUGAAAUAUGUCUUGAACGAUGUCUGUGACGGAAAGUAUCGUGUACAUUUUGGCCUUAGUAAAUCCUAUGCCAAUGCGUUUACAAUUACUGAGGAGACAAUGACAGACAAUGUUGAAAACAUGAGCCUGGGAUCGCUUGAAGUAAUUGUUCGUCUUUUAUUGGAUGCUACAAACUAUGCUGCACCAACGAUAGAUGCUGCAAAUACAUGGCACGCUCGAUGGAUGAGUUUGGUUACAAACAUGGCCUUCCGUUUCAAUCCAGCUCUUCAGCCUAGAGCUUUUGUUAUUUUAGGUUGUCUGGCGCAAGACGAAAUUGAUGAUGAUCUUUUGUUUCAAACUUUCAUUGUUCUUCGAAAUGAAUUAGCGCGCUUUAAGGAAACAGAUCCUUAA